CAGGAAUCAGCAACGCAAGCAAGAAUUUACACAAACAUAUCUUGUGCUUUCUGUGCUUUGGCAGCAUCAAGCACAAUGCCUGCUGGAGGAGCUGGCGAUGUUGGCAAGAAGAGCGCUGCAGAUAUAUUGGCAGCCUUUCGAAGCCGAAUUGAUCGGCGAAUGGCUGGGGAGCCAGACCCAGCUAUCAAGGAGGAUACUGGAGAUGGUCAAACCUUCUUUUUGACCACAAGCGCAGCAGUCAGGCGGAGGCGUCAUGUGAAGAAACAGACAAAGAGGAAGGCCAAGGUAAGAAACGUGCCAGCCAGCCUUGAGUACAAGCACUUGAAGGAGCUCUUGGAAAAGGCCACCGGCCCCGUCAUUGAUGGACACAUCGACGAGGAGCGUACCGCCUGGUUGGCCUUCGAAAAAGCCGAGGAUGCGCAAGCUUUGUUGAAUGACUUCGAUGGGGGCAAGAUCAGCGGUGAAUCAAUCGAGGCCAUUGCUGAAAUCAUGCUGGUGCAAUGGCCACUUUAAGCUUCAACUGCCGGCGAGGUUGAGCUUUUGUCAGAUUCCGAGCCGCUUGGGAAGCGCUAAACAAAUUGUCUCUGGUACGCCUGCUGCAGUUUGCCCCAGUGUGAGCAUGGGCGCGAUGCCGCGCAAUCUCUGAUUUCUGAGCCUUGCCAUCUGGUUUUGGCUCCAGAAAGAAUCCGCGUCA